CGGGCAUCAUGAGCAUCUGCGGGCUUCUGCGCCCGGUGGCAGGGGCGCGUGUCUGCCGGGCUCUGGAGGUCUUCACCGCGGGCCAGCGCCUGCUGCGCACCAGUCCGCCCAGAGGAGCUUUCGCCAAGGAGCUUUUCCUGGGCAAAAUCGAGAAGAAAGAGGUUUUCCCAUUUCCAGAAGUUAGCCAAGAUGAACUUAAUGAAAUGCAUCAAUUCGUGGGACCCGUGGAGAAGUUCUUCGCUGAAGAGGUGGACUCUCAAAAAAUUGACCAGGAGGGGAAAAUCUCAGAUGAAACUCUAGAGAAACUGAAGAGCCUAGGGCUUUUUGGGAUGCAGAUUCCAGAAGAAUAUGGUGGCUUGGGCUUCUCCAACACCAUGUAUGCACGGCUAGGGGAGAUCAUCAGCCUGGACGGGUCCAUCGCAGUGACUCUGGCAGCACACCAGGCUAUUGGCCUCAAGGGGAUCAUCUUGGCCGGCACUGAGGAGCAGAAAGCCAAAUACUUGCCCAAGCUGGCAUCUGGGGAGCACAUUGCAGCCUUCUGCCUCACGGAGCCUGCCAGCGGGAGUGAUGCAGCCUCCAUCCGGAGCAGAGCCACGUUAGGUGAGGACAAGACGCACUACGUCCUCAACGGCUCCAAGGUCUGGAUCACCAAUGGAGGACUCGCCAAUAUUUUCACCGUGUUUGCAAAGACUGAGGUUGUUGAUUCCGACAGCUCAAUAAAAGACAAAAUCACAGCAUUCAUAGUAGAAAGAGACUUUGGUGGAGUCACUCAUGGGAAACCUGAAGAUAAGUUAGGCAUUCGGGGCUCUAACACAUGCGAAGUCCAUUUUGAAAACACCAGGGUGCCCAUUGAAAAUGUCCUUGGAGAAGUCGGAGGCGGGUUUAAGGUGGCCAUGAACAUCCUCAACAGUGGGCGGUUCAGCAUGGGCAGUGCCGUGGCCGGGAUGCUCAAGAAAUUGAUUGAAAUGACCGCUGACUAUGCCUGCACGAGGAAACAGUUCAACAGGAAUCUCAGUGAAUUUGGACUAAUUCAGGAGAAGUUUGCACUGAUGGCUCAGAAGGCUUACGUUAUGGAAAGUAUGACCUACCUCACUGCAGGGAUGCUGGACCGACCAGGGUUUCCCGACUGUUCCAUUGAGGCAGCCAUGGUGAAGGUGUUCAGCUCCGAAGCUGCCUGGCAGUGUGUGAGCGAAGCGCUGCAGAUCUUCGGGGGCUCAGGCUACAUGAGGGACUACCCCUAUGAACGCAUGCUGCGUGACACCCGCAUCCUCCUCAUCUUCGAGGGAACCAAUGAGAUUCUCCGGAUGUACAUCGCCCUGACGGGUCUGCAACACGCCGGCCGCAUCCUAACCGCAAGGGUCAAGGAAUUUAAACAGGGCAGUGUGACCACAGUCAUGGAGACCCUUGGCCGGAGGCUUCGGGACUCCCUGGGCCGAACUGUGGACCUGGGGCUGACAGGCGACCUUGGAGUUGUGCAUCCCAGUCUUGCGGACAGUGCUAACAAACUCGAGGAGAACGUGUAUUACUUUGGUCGGACUGUUGAGACAUUGCUGCUCCGCUUUGGCAAGACCAUCGUGGAGGAGCAGCUGGUGAUGAAGCGGGUGGCCAACAUCCUCAUCAACCUGUAUGGCAUGACAGCCGUGCUCUCACGAGCUAGCCGCUCUAUCCGCAUUGGACUCCGGAACCAUGACCACGAGGUUCUGUUGGCGAAUAUCUUCUGCGUGGAUGCUUAUUUCCAGAAUCUCUUCAGCCUAUCUCAGCUGGACAAGUAUGCUCCAGAAAACCUAGAUGAGCAGAUUAAAAAAGUGUCCCAGCAGGUCCUUGAGAAGCGAGCUUAUAUCUGUGCCCACCCUCUGAACAGGACGUCCUGAAGCAGGGGACAGGGUUUCCUUCUGCUGCCUGCUCCCAGACCAUGGCCCGUUGCCGGAUAACUUUCAGACGAUGGAUCACUUGGGAUCAUCACACCUUGAGCCAUUUGUUCACAGCUCACACCCAAAUGGCUUUCCUCCGUACUGGGGGGUGGGGGUGGGGCUGGGGCUGGGGGACUCUUUCAGGUGUCAGCCUGCAGGCGCUGCCAUCUAACAAGAUCACAGCUUCUAAACCAAGAUGGAGAAAGAAUGGAAUUGCUGACACCUGGAAUUUAACGGGUAGUCUGAUAGUUUAGGGAAACGGGGGCUCAUUGCUGCUAGUUUAAGGAAACAGGUGUUCUGUGGUAGCAGGCUGGUGGGGACCUGUGUCGGGUAUAAAGAGCCAUUACUGCUAGACCACACAGUCUAAAAAACAGCGUGAAAGCUGUGUACAUGUCAAUCAUUUGGAGUAGAAGCAAAUGGACUUAAACAGGUACCAGAAACCAUUUAAUGAAGACUAUAAAAUGUCUGUUUCUGUGUGCA